AUGUCAUCCAGAUCUGGCAGUGCAAGAGAGUAUGAAACUAGUGACCAGUUGCUUAGUCGUUCAGCUUCCCCACCAGUCCCAGAGUCUAAUGAGACUGAGGCUGAAGGCUUGAUAUUUUAUCACAUGGAUCUUUAUGGAUCAAAGGAGAGGUUUGAUAUCUUUCCUGAAGAGCCAUCUGGUCAAGGAGACAGAUCUCUUGGGGAUACCAGAAGGGAAUCUGCAUUGAGUAGCAAAAAAUUUCAGCGCUCACAAGAAGCUGGAUAUGAUUUGGAAAAGGAGGUUGCAGAGUUGGCUAAGAUGUAUGGACUCGAUGAGGAUAGAGAAAAAGAGCUUGAGCUUCUUGGAGGACAUCUGGAGAUGGUGGAGAGCAGAUGGCCACCUGCUCGCACAGAAAAAGCAGGAUCACAAAGCUCCAUAUGUAAUGCAUCAAAACGCAGCUCGCCAGUGAAAGAUCAAAGUCAAAGCACAAAGCAACAGGGCAAGGCUGCUCAAGAUGAAGAUCAGAGCAAAGCCAGAGCAGAGGAUGAGGCUGAGAGCCAUGCAUGGUCCAGAGAGGAGCUUAGCAGUGGCGGCGUGUCAGAUGAGUGGAGCAGUCAAGCUGUUAGUGAGGAGGAGGAAGCAGCAGAUGUUUUUUGCUCUACCUGCAAGAUGCCAAUCCGAGCUUUUGACAAACUGUUUGGUGAGCACAAGGAUCAUGAGGUGGCUCAGCUCCCCAGUGCUGUGGAAAGUGAAAAGGAGGAGAUUCAUAAAAAUAUGUGCAAGCUGGAAGAGCAGAUUGCUCAGAUGGAAAACUUUGCCAGUCACUUGGAGGAAAUCUUCAUCACGGUAGAGGAAAACUUUGGGAGGCAGGAGCAGAACUUCGAGGUGCAUUACAAUGAUGCAGUGCAAGUGCUUGCUCAGAAGUAUGAAGAACAGUUGGAAGCACUGGGGGAAGAGAAGAGGCAGAAGCUGGAAGCUUUAUAUGGGCAGCUGGUCAGUUGUGGGGAACAUCUUGACACCUGCAAGGAGCUGACAGACACCACCCAGAAGCUUUACCUGGAAAAUGACAAAGCCAAUUUUAUGAAGGCAGCAGUAACCAUGGUUGACAGGCUAGAAGAAUUCUUAAAGAAAGAAGUAGAUUUAGAGCUUUCAACACUGCCAGACUUUGAGGAGCGGGUCAUAGAUUUCUCUGAAGUUGAACAACUAAUGAACUCCAUUAAUACUAUUCCAGCUCCUUGUGCCCCUGUGAUCAAUCCCCAGGCUCCAAAUGCAGCAACUGGAACCUCACUGAGAGUUUGCUGGGGCCUCUUCUCAGAUGACACUGUUGAGUGCUACCAACUGUGCUAUAAACCAGUGAGCAACGAGCCAUGCAGCGAUGAACAAACAGAGCACACACUGAAAGUCAAAGAAACAUACUGCACCAUUACUAACUUGUUGCCGAAUACACAGUAUGAAUUUUGGGUCAGUGCUUUAAAUGCCUCUGGUAUCAGUCCACCAAGUGAAAGAGCAGUUUAUGUAACAGCUCCUUCCCCACCUACCAUAAAGAGUAAAAAGAUCCGAAGCUGUGAAAAUGCAGCACUGGUGUGCUGGGAGUCUAGAGACAUUAACCCUGUUGAUUCCUACAUGGUUGAAUUGUCCAAGCUGCCAGAUGAAGAAAAUGGUGAUAUUAUUACUGAAUCUAUUGUUGGGAUUCCUAACUGCGAAGUCCUAAUUCACCUCCAGCCAGCACAAACCUAUCGCAUCUGCGUUAGAGCCAUAAACCUGGGUGGUUCCAGUGAAAGAAGUGAACCUGUCCUGAUACACACCACAGGCACCUACUUCUGCCUUAACGAGGACACAGCCCAUCCCUUACUGGCGAUUCUAGAUGAUGGAUUUACAAUUGCAUGCGAUGAACUGGAAAACCCAGAGUGUGAUCUGCCUGUCUAUGAUAACAGCUUUACAAGGUGUAUUGGGAUCCUGGGCAGUCUGAUCCCAUUUCCAGGAAAGCAUUACUGGGAGGUGGAAGUUGAGGAAGACACAGAGUACAGGAUCGGCGUGGCUUUUGAAAACACUCCAAGACAUGGUUAUCUGGGGGCAAACAACUCAUCCUGGUGCAUGAGGCAUAUCAUCACACCAUCGAGACACAAGUACGAGUUCCUGCACAGCGGGAUGACGCCAGACAUCAGAAUUACUGUCCCCCCCACAAGGAUUGGCAUCCUGCUGGACUAUGAGAACUGCAGACUGUCAUUUUUCAAUGCAGAUAUCGCCCAGCACCUUUAUGCAUUCAACUCGCACUUCCAGCAUUACGUCCAUCCCUGCUUUGCUUUGGAAACACCUGGUAUCCUACAGAUACAUACUGGAAUUGCAGUACCCCCAUGGACUGCCCUCCCAUAA